AUGUAUAGAUCGGUAAGCUUUACCCGAGUUGCCAAUGACUACUUCAUGCACACAUCACCAAAGCCGGUUCCGGGAAUGAGAACGGCGUCGUCGCCGAUGGAAGUGGAUGAGCAGGCUGCGUAUGAUCCCGUUGAGGAGAUGGCUAAGAAGGAGAAGUCACGUAUCAAGUUUGCUGAGAAUGCUGUACAUGCCAUUCCAUUUGUUCUACUUCUUUGUGCUUUAGUUCUAUGGUUCUUAUCUAAUCCAAUUGUAAAUGUGGGAGUAAAUAAAGCAGAUGCAGUGGCAGCAAGAAUUGAAGGAUUGACGAUCGAAGGAGACAUCGAUACAGAUAGUGUAGACGGUACUCAAACGAGCAUUUUACCUGUGGAAUUGGGGGAUAUGGACAAACCAGCACCCAAAUUACCAAAGAAAGCUUUGAGGGGAAAUCUGUGA